CCCCCACAUCAGAAACGCAAGAUAUGAAAAUGAACUGUUUAAUAUCAAAGUGCUUGCUGAGGCCCCAGACUUAUUCCAGACUGAUAGCAAACAGAAAUGUAACAAAUCAGCCUGUCAGUAAAGUACAUCCUCUAAGCAAGAAUCCCCUUAGAACCAUACACAGUGAGACAAUAUCUAAGGCAUAUGCAGACAAGAUUAUCCAAGAAACAGAGCUAAGCAGAGACCACCUCACACCUGAACUGAACCUUCACCUUAUCACUCAGUCAUGUCGACUCUGGAAGGCACAACCUGAAGACUCACCUUUUCCUGAACCUUUCUGGGCUUUUUAUUGGCCAGGAGGUCAGGCGGUAGCAAGGUAUGUCUUAGACAGCCCAUAUUUAGUAAAGGGCAAGAGAGUUCUUGACUUUGGCUGUGGUUGUGGAGCAAGUGGGUUAGCUGCUCUCAAGUCCAAGGCUAAGAUGGUGAUGUUUAACGACAUUGAUGAAGGUACGGCUAAACACGAAUUGUGUGGGUUAUCCCUUCCACCCUGAAAAAAAAAAAAAAAAAAAAAAAAAAAAAAAAAAAAAAAAAAAAAAAAAUGAUAAAAAAGAA